AUAUGACUACGGUCAUAUUCGCACAUAGCCUCGAUUCUAUAUCUGGCUUGUAAUAUCCGUCAACCUUGCUGAGUUGGAGAUCCGAUUUCAAGAAGAGGCUUGAUUCAAAUUCGUAUUGCGAAUCCCGACAUUUUUAGCGUCAUUUGAAUGCAUCGGAAGUUGGAGCACAGCACAACAUGCACCUAGCAGGUUCCAAAAGUGCAGCAGGGGACUAAUCGUGUUUUUGAUCCAUGUCACAGCCAACGUCCCCAGUGGCAUUGUGCACCCAUGAUUUUCAUCAUCGACGUGACUUGACCGAGUCCUCGCUCGACGCAAGACAGACGGCAGCACAGCAGCAGCCGAACCGGCUUGACGGGAGUAUGAGCCGAGCACUACCGCUGCGUCAUCCCGGCGUGAGUUGGCUGCUUGAGGACGAUCCCAGCACCAGGGAGCCUACGCUGGAUGAGUGUGUGCGCAUGGGGACGCUGUUUGGGAUGUUCAAUAAGUGUCUGCGAGAGAUGGGGUUCAGCCGGAUGUACUUUGGGGACAAAAUAGUCGAACCGGUGCUGAUUGUCAUCUUCUGGCUACUGCUGUGGUUCCUUGGCAUUCAGGCACUGGGACUUGUGGGAUCUCUGUGCAUCAUCAUCAUUUACAUCCAGGAGUAAUCAAUGGAUGCUUUUGCACGUUUCACCUUUGGACGACACUGCACAAUGGGUUGAUCGAAACCCUUUUAUCCGCCGGCCCUGCUGCCACGCUGACUAAUAGAGGCUUUGGAGCGAGCGAUCAGUGGAGGAAUAAAGCUGUUUCUUCAAGAUGCAAAUGAAAGUUUUACUUUUUUUUUUUUCUUCUUCCAAAUAUGCAUCUGUGUGUCGGAUACCAACGGUGACUUACGCAGUGUCAACUCUUGAGGCCUUUUUGCAAUUGCUCGCACUUUGAGGUGAUCUACUGUAUAUCUGGGAAGGGGGGGGGGGGGGGGUAAAUUGAUACAAAAGAACAAAUACACUCUUUUAAUUUCAAGAUAAGAAGGCUCAGGCCUCCAUUCUUUUCCGGUUGGUACCAAUAUGAUUUGGUUGAGAUGAGCUCAUUGUUCAGUCACACCCUUCCACAUCAGACUUAUCCAAGCAAUACUGUCCUUUGGACCUUGCUUUGUGCAAUGGGUCAGUAAAGUUCACUCCUGCUGAUUGUAUUCUUCCAGGGGAAACAAUAAAGUUCCUUUUUGAAAAGUGUAGAGGUUUCUUCCGACCGCUAGACGGCAUCGGGCUAUCAGCUCGUGUUGAUUGCUUCUGUUUGCGUCACGCUUUCCGCCGGUGUUGCUGCUUUCCUCUCUUUUCGCGUCCUGUCUGGAGCUUCACGCGCAGCCAACUUUCCCUUGUGAAUAACCAAGGCUUCUUCUAUGCAAUGGAGCGCAACACUGCCGCAUGCUGGCUGACUGGCUGGCUGGCUGGCUGUGGUGGCGCUCCACUGUGCACUUGGAGGCGUUUUUCCGGCCGAUAAAAAGAAAAAAAGGGGGGGGGGGGGGGGGGGAGAAAAGAAAUGUCACACACAGCGCAUGGUUGGAAACACAGUGCCUGACUUCAUUCGCACGUUCCAAGUCAUCCAUAUCAAAGAUGCUUCUGAGAUGACAUCAUUCUUGAAUGAAUUACUACUGCACAGUGGAUGCCGUUUUCAAUGCUUUGAACCUUCCUUUUCCAAUGGAACCACUAUAUGUUCCGUCAUUUAGCUUGUCAAAAUUGACAACGCCAAUUUCCAUCCCGAGACACGAUGAACGCAGAUGUUACCAUGACAACCCAGUCAACGUCACCAAGGGAUGCCAUGCCGAGUGCUCAGAAAGAAGGCGUCGACGCGACGUCUCCAAUCCGGGGAGGGAGGAAGGGAAGGGAAGGGAAGGGCUGAGACAGGGAAGAGGCCGCUGGCUGGAAUUUGCAAUUAAUCAGCAGCCAAUGGAUCUAUCUAUAAGCACUCGAUUUUCAUUGGAAACACCGGAGGAAAAAGCAGUCCACGGAAAAUGGAUCUAUUCAUGAACUAUCGCAGAAUGGACAAUGGAUGUUUAUUGGGGCGAUUUUCCGGAAAUGGGGUUUUGCUAAAUUGUUGGAUUAUAUUGUUUGCACCCUGCUGUGGUCGCAACGCAUUCAGAGAAGGAGGCGAAGCUGGAGAGCGCACAAUAAAAUGGAAUAUUUUGACGUUGUCAGGUAACUAGUGAGCUAAUGAGCUCAUUAAAUUCAAGAGAGCAUGGAAAAUGAAGCAUAUCGUCUGACAGCUCGUGCUAAGGAAAUCAAACAAUUUAUCAACGAGUUAUUCUAGCUGUGACGUAAAGUGCUCUUGUUUUCGCAUAUUUAAAUAUUCACCCUCGGUGACGUGUGUUUGUUUGUUUGUUUGUUUGUUUGUUUGUUUGUUUGUUUGUUUGUUGACGUGAAUGCUAACAAAUUCGUUUGGCAAAAUGUUGCCCCUCUCCGUCUCUGACACUGCUGGUCGAAAUGUGAAUAAAGCUAAACUAUUUGAAGUCAUGUAAAUAAAUAAUGAAUAUCAAAAGAAAUCUAAAGCUGUUACCAUCACCAGAACCCCAAGAUGAAGUGAGUUACUGGAGCUGCACACUGUGGAUCAAUCCAGCCUCAUUCAAUGACCUCUUCAUCUUUCGAGGUCCACGGGGAGCCCACGUGACAUAGAAGCUCGGAUUAAAUUAGUGGAGCACACAAGUCAUUAUGUCAACAGUCCUCUUCGACUCUUUUAAUGUGAUAUCGCAAAACAGAAAUGAACAUUGGCAGUAAGGCAAGAAGCCAUGCAGAUGUCACGUCAGGAUUUUGGACUUCACCACUGGAUGGUGGAAGACUGCCCGCCUGCCAUCCAUCCAUCCAUCCAUCCAUCCAUCCAUCCAUCCAUCCAUCCAUCCAUCCAUCCAUCCAUCCAUCCAUCCAUCCAUCCAAAGUAGCAAAGUAUGAAGAGGACCGCAAUUUAGCUAUAGCCAUUAGUGGUGACCUUUGAAGGGACUAACUGAAUUUUUGAGCCUCAUCAAUGGAACCGCUUCCGUGGGCGAGCAGUGGCAGCAGCACCACCGCCGCCGCCGCCACCACUGACAUGGCCGUUUUCAGCACCACAAGCACCCGCGUAUCAAGGCUUGUUUACGCAGUGAGCAGUUACCUGGUGACUACCACCUCAGAGGAGGCCACCGUACGGAGCAGCCAAAAUGUCCAAGGAAACCACGAGGCAGCAUCGGUAGCGAACGCGCACACAGCAGUCCUGAUGGGCAUUUUGGUGGCAGCUCAGGCCCUGGUUCUCCUCUUCAUCUUCCUCCUCUCCAGUCUGGGCAACUUUGCGGUCCUGAUUGUCAUCGUCAAGCACCGGCAGCUGCGGACGGUUACCAACGCCUUCAUCAUGUCUCUGUCGCUCUCCGACUUCCUGGCGGCCGUCCUCUGCCUGCCCUUCUCCUUUGUCAUGCUCUUCAGUAAGGACGGCGGCGUCUGGAUGUUUGGAGAAGGUAUCUGCGUGGCCAACGGCUUUUUCAACACCUGCUUUGGAAUCAUCUCCACCCUGACUAUGACUUUGAUUUCCUUUGACCGCUACUACGCCAUCGUCAGACAGCCCCGUGCUAAGAUGGGGCGGCGGCUAGCCGCAAAGUUGUUGAUAGGCGUGUGGCUGACGGCCAUCGUUUUCUCUCUUCCGUGGUACGUCUUUGCGCCAAAGUCAAGGCGAGUCCACCGGGAAGCUUUUUCCCACUGCAUGUACGUUUUCCAUUCGGGGACCUCGCGUCUGGGCACGGCCUAUAGCGUUUCUCUCAUCACCGUGUGCUUUUUACUGCCCUUUGCCCUCAUGUGUUUCUGCCAUUACAAGAUCUGCAAGACGGUUCGUCUCUCUGAAAUCCGCGUGCGACCGGUGACCACCUAUUCGUACUUGCUCCGAUUCUACAGCGAGAUGCGCACCGCCACCACCGUUCUCAUUAUGAUUGUUUUGAUCAUUUUCUGCUGGGGUCCGUAUUGUCUGAUGGGCUUGAUCAGCGCAUUAGGGGACUACACAUUCAACCCGGUGAUGGACACGCUCGCCAUCUGGCUGGCCUGGACAAACGGAGCCGUCAACCCGCUGAUCUAUGCCUUGAGAAACCCCAAUAUAGCCAUGUUGCUGGGACGGAGUCGAGAAGACGGCUAUCGGAGCCGAUACAUAGCCGCGUACUUGUCUAGCCGCAUCCAGAAGCGAGAGAUUGGACUCAAUCGAGUGGAAAGGAUGAGGGAUCAUCGCUAUGUAACUCGGGUGGGAAUUCAUAAUAACAACAGGAGCAGCAGCAGCAGCAGCAGCAAACUCUCGAGUUCAAGUCCAGGAAAAGAACCCAGGGGGGAGAGUACAAUGUGGGCCUGUAAGAACCGUGCCGUGUUUUUCUGCAGGGAUACCAAGUCAGAAAGCACAACACUCCCCAACUUUGUCAGUGUCCCAAUUAUGACCACAGCUGACACAAGCCUAUGAACUUUCAAAAAGCGGUGGGGGCAUUUGAUUUGCGCAUGUUGGAUUGUUUCGCAAAGAGAGCUUUUGCAUUUCAAUUGAGAUGGUUGUUCUUUGCCAUGGACCGACUGCUUUUGUGUUCCGCUAAGAGCCUUCCAGUAAAAUGCUCCCAUUGCUUCCAAUGGC